AGCCCCCAUCAGCGUCGGCGGGCUCAGGGCCUCUUCCAGCUCGGCCAUGGACUCCAACUCGUCCCAGCCGACCAACUGGCAGGAGAUCGUGAACAAGAAGUUCAAGUUCCCCCCGCCCCUGCUGGGUGCCAUCCAGGAGGGCCGGCUGAGCCUGGUGCAGCAACUGCUGGAGGUGGAGGAGGGCGGCGGGCCCCCCCGGCAGCUGGACGAUUCGGAGGACCGGGCCUGGCGCGAGGCCCUGAACCUGGCCAUCCGCACCGGCCAGGAGGAGAUCAUGGACGUCCUGCUGCGCCAGGUCAAGUUCGACUUCCGCCAGAUCCACGAGGCCCUGCUCGUGGCCGUGGACACCAACCAGCCCGCCGUGGUCCGGCGCCUGCUGGACCGGCUGGAGCGGGAGAAGGGCCGCAAGGUGGACACCAAGUCCUUCUCCCUGGCCUUCUUCGACACGUCCAUCGAUGGCUCCCGCUUCGCGCCGGGCGUCACCCCGCUGACCCUGGCCUGCCAGAAGGACCUGUACGAGAUCGCCGCCCUGCUCAUGGCCCAGGGCCACGCCAUCGCCAGCCCCCACCCGGUCUCCUGCGCCUGCCUGGAGUGCAGCAACGGGCGCCGCUACGACCUGCUCAAGUUCUCCCUGUCCCGCAUCAACACCUACCGGGGCAUCGCCAGCCGCGCCCACCUCUCCCUGGCCAGCGAGGAUGCCAUGCUGGCCGCCUUCCAGCUGAGCCGCGAGCUACGCCGCCUGGCCCGCAAGGAACCCGAGUUCAAGCCCGAGUACAUCGCCCUGGAGCUGCUGAGCCAGGACUUCGGCUUCGAGCUGCUGGGCAUGUGUCGCAACCAGAGCGAGGUGACCGCCGUGCUCAACGACCUGGGCGAGGACAGCCAGGCUGAGGCCGAGGUGCUGGGCCAGGCCUUCGAGGAGGGCAUCCCCAACCUGGCCCGCCUCCGCCUCGCUGUCAACUACAACCAGAAACGGUUUGUGGCGCACCCCAUCUGCCAGCAGGUCCUGUCGUCCAUCUGGAGCGGAAACCUGGCCGGCUGGAGGGGCAGCACGACCAUCUGGAAGCUCUUUGUCUCUCUCGUCAUCUUUCUCACCAUGCCUUUCCUCUGCCUCGCUUACUGGCUGGCCCCCAGGUCCCGGCUGGGUCGCCUGCUGAAGAUCCCCGUGCUCAAAUUCCUGCUGCACUCGGCCUCCUACCUGUGGUUCCUCAUCUUCCUGCUGGUCGAGUCCCUGGUGAUGGAGCAGCAGCACAGCACCUUUGUGGGGCGCAAUCAGAGCAUCUGGGAUAACUCCCUGCACAUGAUCUGGGUGGCCGGCUUCUUCUGGUUCGAGUGCAAGGAAGUGUGGAUCGAGGGCCUGCACAGCUACCUGCUGGACUGGUGGAACCUCCUGGACGUGGUCAUCCUGUCCAUGUACCUGGCCUCCUUCGCCCUGCGCGUGCUGCUCGCUCUCUGUGCCCAUCUGCACUGCCAGUCUGAUCCCAACGGCGCCGCCUGCCACUAUUACACGGCCUCCAAGCGCAAAGAGUGGCACAUGGAGGAUCCGCAGUUCGUGGCGGAGGUGCUGUUCGCGGUGACCAGCAUGCUCAGCUUCACCCGCCUCGCCUACAUCCUGCCCGCGCACGAGUCGCUGGGGACCCUGCAGAUCUCCAUCGGCAAGAUGAUCGACGACAUGAUGCGGUUCAUGUUCAUCCUCAUGAUCAUCCUGACGGCCUUCCUGUGUGGCCUCAACAACAUCUACGUGCCCUACCAGGAGACUGAGCGGCUCGGCAACUUCAACGAGACGUUCCAGUUCCUGUUCUGGACGAUGUUUGGCAUGGAGGAGCACAGCGUGGUGGACAUGCCCCAGUUCCUGCUGCCCGAGUUCGUGGGCCGGGCCCUCUACGGCAUCUACACCAUCAUCAUGGUCAUCGUGCUGCUCAACAUGCUCAUCGCCAUGAUCACCAACUCCUUCCAGAAGAUCGAGGAUGAUGCGGACGUCGAGUGGAAGUUUGCCCGCUCCAAGCUCUACCUCUCCUUCUUCCGAGAGGGGCUGACGCUGCCCGUGCCCUUCAACAUCCUGCCCUCGCCCAAGUCUUGCUUCUACCUGUUCAGGAGGAUUCUCCGCUUCAUCUGCUGCUGCACCUUCAACAAGAAGCCUGAAUACCCACCUAUCCCCAGCUUCACAAACCAGUCCUUUGGAGGCGGGGGCCUCGGAUCCGGGGAGCCGCAGGGGUCCUACCGGCUACAGGUCAUCAAGGCCCUGGUACAGCGGUAUGUGGAGACGGCACAGCGCGAGUUUGAGGAGGGGCGCAGGAAAGACGUUGGAAACCGGCUGACGGAGCUGACCAAGACGGUGUCUCGGCUGCAAGCGGAGGUGGCUGCCGUGCGGCGCACCGUGAUGGCGGGGAGUGCGCCCAAGGCCCCCGAUGGCUCCAGCGUCCUCAGCCGCUACAUCUCGCGGGUCCGCAACAGCUUCCAGACUAUGGGGCCCCAGAUUCCCGAGGAGGCCGGGGAGGCCGAGGAACUGGGCCGGCCACCCAAGUCUGUUAGCCCAGACUUCGGGAUGAAACUCCAGGAUAAGAACUCGGUUUGCUUGGAUCCAUAUGGGCCCUGA